AUGAUUAUUAAAGAUUCAAUACUUAGACGUGACUGGGAUGAUAAUUAUUGGACAAACUCUGGUGGAGCAAGAUGGGCUUUUUUUGCUAUAUUUGUUGUAUUAAUUAUUGUGGUGGUAUUAGGAACAAUUAGAGUAAAUAAAAAAAGGAGUAUGCAAGGUAUGCAACCAAUUUAUGGUACUAGAUGGAUGACUCCUCCUUCAUAUCGACAAUCUCAAAAUCAAUAUCAACAACCUGAUCAUGUUAGAGAUCCUGAUUUACCAAGUGCUUAUGUCCCGAUUUAUACUGCUACUGCAAAUGAAUAUGAUAUGGGUUAUUAUGAUCAAGAUGGUACUUUCCAUCCAAAUCCGAAUGCAAAAUCUCCUAUACAACAUCCACCUGAUGCUCAUAAGCGUACAGCAAAUAUUUCUGAUACUAAUCCUAAUGCUUCGGCAGCUUCAAAUUUACCAGCAAAUAUAGAUUCUAAUCAAGAUGAUUAUGAUGAUAAUGACAGUAUUAACAAUUUUUACAGACUGUCAAAUGUCGCCACUACAAAUUCGUUAUCAAAUAAUGUUUCCUCCCCUCUUCAAAAUGAAAAUAGAAGUACACAAGACCAAAUUCAUGACACUAACAAUAGAAGAGAAUUUGGUAAUAGCGAAGAGAUAUCAGAAAGAAUGCCUGGUGCAUUUUCUCCACCUUCGGGUCCACCACCUAAUAAACAAGAAGAGGAACUGGAAACUGUGAAACAUUUAAAUACAACAGACAGUUCUAGUGGAAGUCUGAUUCACCAUAAAGAGGCGAAAUGA